AUGUGAACAAGUCCCAUGGAGCUCAAGUGCCUUUUGAUGUGGCUCUUGUUUGGAUCUGUCAAGGGGGACAAGCCAGAAAAAUGCCCAACUCUUCCAAGGACCAAAUUUGCUGAUAUUACUGCUAAAACAUAUCCACUGGGGACCAGACUGUAUUAUGAAUGUGACAGUGGCUACAUGAGAAGAAGUGGACAGUACUCGGGAAUUUGGUGUCAGAGUAUACAGCAUGUUGCUUCUUGGGUCUACAAGGAAUUUGAAUGCAUUGAUGAGAAAAUUUUGUUGUCAACGGCUCCCACGAUGGAGUUAGAUUUUACACAGAAGCCAGAAAGAAAAACAGAGAGCCCUGCACCCCAGAGGCGAGAAAACCUUUCAGAGUUUGACCAGAAAGAUUUUUGUGGUCCUCCCAAGACUAUUCCACAUGCCUCUUUAAGGCUGAACAACCAGUAUUACGUGGGGCAAGUAUUACAUUUCAAAUGCCAGAACGGUUACGAUAAGCAAUCCCCCACCUCUGGCACCAGCACGUGCAAGAAGGUGAAUGGCAAAAUCAUCUGGACCCAUCUUGACGUGCGAUGCACCAAUGACAGCGACGGGUGGCCGCCACAGACUAUUAAGCCAGAUCCGUCUGUUUCCCUGUGGUGCCCAGUUCAGUGUGUUCCAGGUUCGACUCAUCCACCCUUUUCCUCAUCUGUGAUACUGCCAGUGACAGAGAAUACGCCCUUUCAACCACCCGACGUACCGCCAGGACCCAGCUGUGCAACCCUCAAGAAGCCCAGCAGGGAUGAGGGCUCCCAGAUGAAUGCUCGGAGCCCGGCGAUCUUUGGAGAGGCUCCCGGGGAGAUGUCACCGUAGGUGUCCCCCGGGAAACCUCCCACCUCCACGGGGAAGCUGGUGGCGGCACGGCUGCAAGCUGACGAGAAAGUCGAUUUCGC